AUGUCAGAAUAUGGAGCAGUCCCAUUUGCACUCAUGAUUGUCAUCGUGAUUUACAUAGUGGUUGGAGAAUACUUUAAAUCGAUUCACGUAUGCAUGCAGUCGUGAUUGCUUAGUUCCAUUUAAUCCAUGAAACAAGUUUUGGGAUCAUAAUCGGAAUGCUAGUAGGUUUGCUUUUAAAAUGGAUGGAUGAAAAUGCAUAUGCAUAAUUUGUAUUUCAAAUCUUAUUAUCUAGUUUUCAUUGAAUGCAACAAUCUUUUUUUACUUACUUUUACCAUUAAUUAUUUUUUCUGGAGGGUACAAUCUUAAAAAGAAGCAAUUUCUGAAGAAUUUUAAAUACAUUGUUUCUUUUGGGUUUCUUAGUACAUUGAUAAACUUUAUAAUCACAUUGACUUUGACUAUAGCAUUUAAUUCAUGGAGUAAGAAUUUACGAAUUAUAAAUAUAGAAUUGGUCAGAUUAGGUACAGAUUUAGAUUCACAUCUUCCUUUGAGCUAUGAUGAAAUGAUCAAAUAUAGUGCAACUAUAUGUGCAACAGAUUCAGUGGCAGCUCUCAAUCUAAUACCUUCUCAAUAAUAUCCAAAAUUAUUUAGUGUUGUAUUUGGAGAAGGUAUGGUUAAUGAUGCUGUUUCUAUAAUUAUUUUUUAAGCAGUCACAAUAUUAUAAAAAAGUGGAAAAUCAUUUGAAUGGUACACACCUUUCGAAUUUAUUGGUCGUUUCUUGGAAAAUUGCAUAAUUUCCUUAUUGAUUGGUCUUUUUGUUGGAUUAUUUUCUACUUGGUGUUUUAAGAAAUGUCGAUUUUUGACAAAUAGUACUACAACAGAAACUGUGUUCGCAUUUUUAAUGGCUUACAUGGGUUAUUCAAUUUGUGAAAUGCUCAAUUUAAGUGGAGUUAUAAGUCUGUUGAUGAUUGGAAUCAUGAUGAGUCAUUAUUAAGGAUACAAUAUCAGUUAGUUGGGUAGAGUUACUACAAGAGUUACUUUUGAAUCCUUGUCAUUAGGAGCAGAGGCAUUUCUUUAUGUUUUUUUGGGAUUUGCCAUGUGGAAUCAAACUACAUAUUAUAGCCCACUCACUUAAGAUCUUUAUUAUGUUGAAGUUUCUUGGGUUUUUGCACUACUAUAAUUAGGUGUUGUAAUUCUUGCUAGAUAUUUAAGCAUUUAUAUUGUAUAUUGGAUUUCCGUAGCGUAAUAAAUUCUUAAUAUUUUCUAGUAUUCAGGGGCCAAAAGUUUGGAAGCUAACAAAAUAUGAGAUGACUAUAUGUUGUUUUGCUGGAAUGGUUAGAGGAAGUGUUGCUUUUGCUUUAAUUGAAACUCUUGUAGCUUCCCCAACAGAUGGUAUAUAAAUUAACUAAAUUAAUAUACUUCAAAGUUGUGUACUCUAUAUAGUUGUGGUUACUACAUUGAUUUUCGGCACAGCCAUGCCUUUCUUUAUUAAUAUUUAGAUUAAGAAACAAUAAGAGGAGGAAGAACGUAAAUCAAUUAGUGAAAUUCCUACUCCUGUUCUUAAUGACUCACCUAAAAAGAAGGAAUUAAGUGAAGCCUAGAAAAUUAUCAAAUAUAUGGAUGAGCAUUAUUUCAAAAGAUGGUUCAUUUAUGAUUAUGAAAAUCGUAAAGAAAGAAUUACUUAAGAAAAAAAAUAAAUUAAAACUGAAACUUUAUAGGAAAUUUAUGAGAAAGCUUUCAGUGAGGCAAGUGAAGAUGAAUCAGUCAAGUAAAGAAAUGAAGAUUUCAUUUCUUUACCAUCUAUUGAAGAAAAACCUACAUCUCCAUUAAUUGUUAAAAUGCAAGAAUUAUCAUAACAAAUUUGAAUAUUAU